AUGAAACCAUCAAUAAAUUAUUUUCUCGCCAUCCAACUAAUAAUCAUCAUUCCCGGAUUGAUUACAGCUGUUCUAUCAAAUCAGUUUCCUCGUAUUUUAACUCAUUCACACAAUCAAACGUUGAAUGUCUCUGAAACAGCAAUUUUACGAUGUCAUGUGAAAAAUCUCGGUCAUCAUCAUGUUACUUGGCUGAAAUAUGAUUCAACUAUGGAUGCGUAUUUACCAUUAACGGUUGAUGAGCAAGUGUUCUAUUCAAACAAGCGUUAUUUUGUGUCAUCCUAUUCUACUUCCGAUGAGAACUCCUAUUGGAAUCUAGAAAUAUCCAACGUUCAAGCAUCUGACGAGGGUAUAUACGAAUGUAAAAUUUCCAAUCGGCAUGCAAGCGUUGCCAUUCAAAUCCAUCUACAAGUUCAAAUACCCAUGACAAUUGAACCGGCUCGUUUACAUGUCGAGCCAGGUACACCUGUCGAGCUAGAUUGCACAAUUUAUAAUGUCAACACCUCAUUGAUAACCUGGCAUUUUUCAAGUUUAAAUCAAACAUCUAGACCACAUCAUCGAGAUCAUUUUGAUUUUCAUGAAGAGCAUCGUUAUGAAGCAAAUGCUUCCAAAUCACAAUUAAUUAUACGUCAUGCUCAACCGUACCAUACUGGUUUAUGGACAUGUACAUACAAACGGCAGAAGAGAAGUGCAAAACUAUUCGUUGAAAAAGGUUAUCUCAUCGAAUUCUUUUCAUCUGCUUCUAGGCGCAUUCCAACAUCAGCAACAGCAACGUCUAUUAGCAAAUAA